AUUAUUGAAGCUUUUAAUUACGUCAAUUACGCUCUUUCCUCAACCUAAACAUUGCAGAAAAAAUAAUGUAAUCAAUUUUGAAAUAAAAUUGUAUUGUAUCGUUUUAUUCUGAAGGUUUUGGCGGAAGGGAUGUUUUUCCGCUCGUGAACUCGUUUAUGUGGCGGAAACUUUUCUUCAAGAGAAGCGCGCUCGUAUCUUCCACGCUCCUCACCAGCAUCCUCUUCAGCGGGACACUUUCAAAGUUCUACCCGCUUUAAGAAGUCCUCCGCUGCGCUGGAUUUGUUCUCAGCAUUCCGCUAUUUCUGCAUUAUUUGCGCUUUCUAUUAAUCUUAAUGGGAUUAUUAGCCCCGAUGGAAGAGGGAUGGAGCGGUCCCGUUAGAUGUUGAAGUCUCCACAAUCUAUUGGCGGCGGCUCCCGAGUUGCUCCCACCCCGCUGAGAGAGCGCCUCUCCCCGCCUCAAGGAAUAUGGGCUGCGGCUUGAGGAAACUGGAAGACCCGGAGGACAGCAGUCCCGGGAAAAUCUACUCCACCCUGAAGAGACCGCAGGUGGAGACCAAGACAGACACCGUGUAUGAUUAUGUGCUGCUUGACUUCAGCUUGGAAGGUAGCCGUCCUACAGUCCAGUAUGUGUCCUCCUUGUCUGAGCUGCCUCAGGCCCUGCAGUCCUACUACACACAAGGCUACGUCCUGGCUGCCUUGCACCCCAUCAUCCUGUCCCUGGGCCGGAGCCGCUCGCUGCCCUUCAGCCUGCUCUACCGCGCUAUCCUGGCCCGUCCCAGACCUAGCAACCAGAUGGCAUCCACGUGUCACAGCGCGCCAGUGCUGAGGGUGGAGGAGUGGCCUUUACCUGGGGACUCGCUGACCAGCGACACAGUGCGAGCGCUGAUUGACAGGGUGAACAGCAGUGCGCGUGGCGGCGUUCAAUUCGUUGGCUCCGUACUGCAGCAGGUGAGCGGCAUCACCAACGGACGUGUGCACAGUCCAAAAAGGAGCUGCCGGUCCCCGCCACAUACACCCCCCCAAACACCGCCUGGAGACAGAAAGCUGGAGGACAACACCUACAAUCCUGAGUUGAGGCUGCUGGUCUUCUUCCAUUCCUGGCCCCCAGGCUGUGCUUCCCUGGACUCCCUGGGCUGUCAGUACCACCAGGGGGCACUCUCCAUGCGGGUUUCCAGAAAGGGCCAAGUGGUCAGUGCUCUGGAGGCUGACUGGCUGGAGCUGACUGCUGCUUACUACCGCAAAGGCUGGUCACUGGUUGACUCCUUUGUGUACUGGGACACACCUAAAGGGGAGCCUGUUCCCAGAUCUCUGGAGGGACUGUUUGUGUACGAGGAGAGGAGCACCUCACCUCCUCCCAACGACACCAUCGUAGUGGAGCAGUGGACUGUCAUUGAGGGCUCCAAUGUGAAAACUGACUAUGGGCCCCUGCUUCACACUCUGGCUGAGUUUGGUUGGCUGCUUACAUGUGUACUGCCCACACCCAUCAUUCGACAUGACAGUGAUGGGAAUCUGGCCACAAAGCAGGUGGUGUUCCUCCAGAGACCGGUCAGAGGUUCCACAUCCGGGCAUCCGAGGAACCAGACAGUUUCAGCACGGGACGUGUCGAGUCGCUCCAUGAGUCGCAUCGUCAGUGGCUCCGCCCCCACAGAGGACCUCUCUCCCACGGCGGGGGGCAUCGGGGGAUUCCCAGUUUUCGGAGGCGGCUACUCCAGCUCCCUGUCCCACCUGGAGGAAGGGGUCUUUGAGCAGGAGGAGGGGAAGGCAGAGGUCACCUGCAUGUGAGCAGGAAGGAAGCAGACUGCUGAAACCAAAGGAAAACAAUUCAGCGCUCUUUGGACUGAUUUUAAUAAAGCCAUAGUAAUAAGAAAAAAGGAGGAGGUGCAUCACUUUCUAUUUUUUAUGUUUAAUCUGACACUAAAAGAAGGGAAACCUGCUCCACUGUCCUGUCUCCUGUCAGGUCAGAUCUGUACUUCUUCAACAUCAGUAGAAAUGUCAUCUCCAUCUUUACCAUUCAGAAUGUUUAACAGAGAUCCUACAAUCUGAUGAUGGUUUGUGUCUGAAAUACAGAUGACUGCACUUCUGUGUCUCCUACAGAACCUUUACGAACACAGAGGAUUUUCCAUGGUACUGCUGAUAUGCUGCAGUGGAAAACAUUCCUUGUUUUUUUUCUUUUUAAAUCAAAGGUAUACUGUAAUAACAAGUGUUAUAUUUUAAGGGCAGAUUUUCCAGAUGUCUGUUCUCUGAUGUAUCUGCUAUUGUGAUUCACUUGAGAAUUAUAGUGAGAAAUGUAGCUGCAGGAAGUUAAAUCGUUCUUGUUGCAGAAAUCCUGAAAUAUUAGUGUUCGACUUCUGCUUCAAAUAAGAACAAGGGGUCGAUGUUUGUUGCCUCCCCGUUUCUCUCCCUGUGCAUCCUUACAGUGGUGUGAACAAGUAUUCAUUCCACUCGAACGUUUCACAUUUUCUUUACAAAGACAAAGUUCAAUGCAUUUUAUUGGGAUCUGGUAGACCAACACAGUAAUCUACAUUUGUCAUGUGGAAGAACAGUGAUACAUGGUGUUGAGAAUCAAAAUCAUUUAGUAUUAUGAUAUCUGGUGGAAUUAUUUUAUCCCAACAAGGGUUUCCAAACUUUUUUUACAAAUUAAAAUCUAAAUCUGUGGUCACAGCUGCAAGACUUUAGGUGGAUGUCUCCAUCAGCUUUCAACAUCCACAGACUAAAAUGUUUCACCAUUCUUCUUUGCAGAUACAUUUUCUGUCAGAUUGGGAGAGUUUCUGUAAACAUCAGUUUUCCAGUCUAGCCACAGCUUCUUAAUUAUAUUUACCUCAGGACUUUGAUUAGGCCAUUCUUACACAUGAAUAUGCUUUGACCUAAACUAUUUCAUUGGAUGUAUAUUGCAGGUUAUGUUUCUGGGGGGUGUUCUCUUAAUCCCCGACCAGCUUCCCUAUACCUGCCAAAGAACAGCAUCCCCAUAGCAUCAUGCAGCCACCACCAUAUUUUAAAGUGGAGAUGUGUGCUUAGGGUAAUUUGAACUGUUUUUUUCCCCGUCAUGCAUUCCUUUAAAAUCAAGGUAAAAUGAUUUUUUGUCUUAGCAGCUCCUCCAGAGUAACCAUGGGCCUCUUUGAUGCUUCUCCGAUACACUCUUCCUGAUUAAGGGUCAACCUGUCCGGAUUUUUUAUAAUCUUUCCCGACUCGUCUGCUGUUAUUUGGUCUUCAUGAUUCUGAUUGUUCACUAAUGUUCUCCAACAAACGUCAGAAUACAUACAAGUGCAUGCAAGAUGUUUUUGAUUAUUUGUGAAAAACUUUAAAAAGCAUGAAUCAUUUUCUUUCCAUUUCACAAUGAUGCACUAUUUUGUGUUGCUCUCUCACAUGAACACCCAAUAAAAUACAAUUGCAAGGUUUAUAGUCAUAACAUGACAAAAUGUGAAAAGGUCCAUGGGGUGUACAUACUUUUGCGAGGUGUUGCAUAAACGUCCAUCCAAACCAGAAACAUGCAAAGCAACCAGCCCUGAAGCUUCCUCAAUUCUACAUGAUCUUUCCAGAAAUUUCCAGAUAGAUGUUUCCAGCUCACAGGAUGGAGAUGACAUGAUGAAUUUUAACACAUGUAUAACCUCAAAUAUUAUGGAGUUUGCAUUAUCCAGACUUAAGUUCAACAAUUUUUAAAUGUCAGUAUUGUGUCUCAGCUUUUCCUUUUUAAAAAGAUGUAUAAUUCAUUUGUUGUACUGUUGCUUUUAAAAACUACUGUUUGUGAAUAUUAAGUACCUUGAAAUUGUCAGUUUGUGAAAAUAUACAUUUGCACUCCUUUCAUAAUCACAGAUGAAUAAUAAUUCCAGCUGUCAUUAAAAUGUUCAUAUAUGCACA